AUGUCUGCGCCCAAUCCCAGCUUGCGAAAGACCAUCGGCGGCAAACCCGCAUUGCCUCGCCGAUUCACCGUCGAACACGCACUGAUCCUCGUUCUCGUCGUUCUGGUCGCUGCGCACUCGGUUCAUUUCGUCUUGCCCUACGAAACGCUCAGCACAAUGGUGACGGCCCAGUCGCUUGCCCAGUUGGAGAUGGCCAGCACGGCGCUGAUCAUCAUCAUCGCGGGUGCGAUCUAUGCGCUGAUGUCGGAGCGAUUGAAGACCCACAGGGUCAUCAAUGAGGAAUUGCGGCUGAAGCACAACACGGACCUUGUGUCCGGCGCGGCCAUGCGCGGCCAUUUUCUCGAUGAUCUCAAGCGUACCGUGGCCAGCCAUCGCAAGUCCGGCUCGGUUGCGCUUGUCAUCAUCGACAUCGAUCAUCUCAAGCAGAUCAACGACGCCCUCGGCCAUGGGGCGGGUGACGACGUUCUGGGCUUUUGCGCCCGCAUUGCCCGCCAGGCGUUUCCCGGCGCAUCGGUGGGCCGGUUGGGCGGCGAUGAACUGGCCGUCUUCUUUUCCUCCGACGACGUCAUUCCGGAACGCUAUGUGACCGAUGCCUGCUCGGCAUAUCUGGCGACGCUGCGUGAAGGGCUGUUCAUCGCCAACCGACGCCAGGCCGUUUCAGCGUCUCUGGGCGUCGCGCUCGCGCCGGGCCACACCGACAAUGCCAACGACUUGUUGUCGUUCGCCGAUCUGGCACUGCAGCAAGCCAAGCGCGGCGGACGCGGCGCCUGGUCGGUGUUCUCGCCGGAGAUCCUCGCCGAUGCGCGGCAGGAGCGGUUCAUCGAACGCGAACUGCGCGCGGCCAUUCUUCUGGGCCAACUGACCGUCCACUACCAGCCGAUCAUGGAUACAGACGGGUCACUCAACUCUCUGGAAGCCCUCGUUCGUUGGCACAACCCGGUUCGCGGCGCCAUUUCGCCGGCCGAAUUCAUUCCCGUCGCCGAAAAGUCGCGCCUCAUCCACGAACUCGGGCUCUACGUGCUCAAGCAGGUCUGCGAUGAUCUGGAAACCCUGCCGGAUGUGUCGGUCAACGUGAACAUUUCGGCCUGGCAGCUCGCGCAUGACACGUUCCUGCGCGACUAUGUCGAUGUUCUCAAACGCAAGAACGUUCCGCCGAGCCGGGUUGUGCUCGAGAUCACGGAAAGCGCCAUGCUCGAUACCUCCGAUGAUUUCGUCGACCGAAUGGCGGACAUCAAGCGCGCCGGCUUCAGGAUCGCGCUCGACGAUUUCGGCAUGGGCUACAGCGAGUUCAACCAGCUGCGCAAAUUGCCGUUCGACAUCAUCAAGAUCGACAAAUCCUACAUCCAGAACAUCGGCACGGACGUGGUCACCGACACUUUCGUCAGCGCGGUGACGCAGAUUGCCGGCAAAAUGGACCGGACGGUUGUCGCCGAGGGCAUCGAGACCCAGGACGACCGGUUGCGCGCCGCCGUUGCCGGCUGCCGGUUGUUCCAGGGCUACUUCCAUCAGGCGCCGGCCAGCCGCGACAGGAUCGUCGCGCUCUACAGCGCCAAGGCAUUGACCGACGCGGCGUGA